CCCGUCCCGCCGCUGUCUGGGCGGAGCUCCGCGCGGCGCCGCCCCCCGGUCCCGCUGCGGCCUGGCCGAGUAGAUGGAGGCGGCGGGCGGCGGCGCGGCGCCGGGCUGCAUCGAUCUGCACGAUUUCAGCGGGCAAUUGGGUGAGCAGCGAGUGCACUUCCACGCCAUGCGGCUGCAGGACUCGCUCUUCCUCUGGGUGGGCGCCGCGCCCGCCCUGUCCAGCCUGGCCGUGGCCAUGUGCAGCCCUCGGGACAGCGUGCCCGUGUCCACCUCGCUGCUCGGGGACCCCUCCGACACCGCCUCCGCCUGCCUGGCCCAGCGCCUGGCCAAGAAGACCAAAAAACAGGUAUUUGUCAGCUACAAUCUGCCAAACACAGACAGCAGUUUCACCUUACUCAUAGAAAACAGGAUCAAGGAAGAAAUGAUGGCUUUUCCUGAGAAGUUCUGACUUUGCAUCAUUGUAAAAUAACUGGAAGUUUUUGUUUCAGAAGAACUGAGUGCAGUUUUCACACUGCCAUUAAGCAGUAUACUUGUUUUGUAUUGCAUUGAUUGAAUUUGCAUUUGUUAUUAAAUGUAACUGACCUAAA